AUGGGUGUGUGCAUGCACAAAGAGACCCAGGGACCCUCCCAUGUGGUCCAGACAGGCAAGUGCGGCACCACCACUGGCCCCUGCACCGUUCUCUUGACGGUGAGCGUCCUGACCACUCUGGAGCGCAGAUUCAACUUGCAGAGCGCCGACGUGGGUGUGAUCGCCAGCAGCUUCGAGAUCGGGAACCUCGCGCUGAUCCUCUUCGUGAGCUACUUCGGGGCGCGCGGGCACCGGCCCCGCCUGAUCGGCUGUGGUGGCAUUGUCAUGGCCCUGGGCGCGCUGCUGUCGGCGCUGCCCGAGUUCCUGACCCACCAGUACAAGUACGAGGCUGGCGAAAUCCGCUGGGGCGCCGAGGGCCGCGACGUCUGUGCCGCCAAUGGCUCCGGAGGUGAUGAGGGGCCUGACCCUGACCUCAUCUGCCGCAACCGGACAGCCACCAACAUGAUGUACUUGCUGCUCAUUGGGGCCCAGGUGCUCCUGGGCAUCGGUGCUACCCCCGUGCAGCCCCUGGGGGUCUCCUACAUCGACGACCACGUGCGGAGGAAGGACUCCUCGCUCUACAUAGGAAUCCUGUUCACAAUGCUGGUAUUUGGACCAGCCUGCGGAUUUAUCCUGGGCUCUUUCUGUACCAAAAUCUAUGUGGAUGCAGUCUUCAUUAACAUAAAUAACCUGGACAUCACUCCGGACGACCCCCGCUGGAUCGGAGCCUGGUGGGGCGGCUUUCUCCUCUGUGGUGCCUUACUCUUCUUCUCGUCCCUCCUGAUGUUCGGGUUUCCACAGUCCCUGCCCCCACAUUCAGACCCUGCCGUGGAGAGCGAACAAGCCAUGCUCCCCGAGAGAGAGUACGAGAGGCCCAAGCCCAGCAAUGGGGUCCUCAGGCACCCCCUGGAGCCAGACAGCAGUGCCUCCUGCUUCCAGCAGCUGAGAGUGAUCCCAAAGGUCACCAAGCACCUGCUCUCCAACCCCGUGUUCACCUGCAUCAUCCUGGCCGCCUGCAUGGAGAUUGCAGUGGUGGCUGGCUUCGCUGCCUUCUUGGGGAAGUACCUGGAGCAGCAGUUUAACCUCACCACCUCUUCUGCCAACCAGCUGCUUGGCAUGACCGCGAUCCCGUGUGCCUGUCUGGGAAUCUUCCUGGGCGGCCUCCUAGUGAAGAAGCUCAGCCUGUCUGCCCUGGGGGCCAUCCGGAUGGCCAUGCUCGUCAACCUGGUGUCCACGGCCUGCUACGUGUCCUUCCUCUUCCUGGGCUGCGACACGGGCCCUGUGGCUGGAGUUACUGUUCCCUAUGGAAACAACUCAGCACCUGGCCCAGCCCUGGACCCCUACUCACCCUGCAAUAAUAACUGUGAAUGCCAAACCGACUCCUUCACUCCAGUGUGUGGGGCAGACGGCAUCACCUACCUGUCUGCCUGCUUCGCUGGCUGCACCAGCACGAAUCUCUCGGGCUGUGCGUGCCUCACCACCGUCCCCCCUGAAAAUGCCACCGUGGUUCCUGGAAAGUGCCCCAGUCCCGGGUGCCAAGAGGCCUUCCUCACCUUCCUGUGCGUGAUGUGUGUCUGCAGCAUGAUCGGUGCCAUGGCGCAGACGCCCUCGGUCAUCAUCCUCAUCAGGACAGUCAGCCCUGAACUCAAGUCUUACGCCCUGGGAGUUCUUUUUCUCCUCCUUCGUUUGUUGGGCUUCAUCCCCCCACCCCUCAUCUUUGGGGCCGGCAUCGACUCCACCUGCCUGUUCUGGAGCACGUUCUGCGGGGAGCAAGGUGCCUGCGCCCUCUACGACAACGUGGUCUACCGCUACCUGUACGUCAGCAUCGCCAUCGCGCUCAAGUCCUUCGCCUUCCUCCUCUACACCACCACGUGGCAGUGCCUGAGGAAAAACUAUAAACGCUACAUCAAAAACCACGAGGGCGGGCUCAGCACCAGCACAGAGUACCAAGACAUUGAGACUGAGAAAACCUGCCCCGAGUCACAUUCACCUUCAGAAGACUCCUUUGCGAGAAGCUGAGGGCCUCACCCUCUUCCUCUUCCUGCAGAGAACAGCCCACCACUACCCACAGACCUCCAGGCCUGCCUUAGCGCGCUCUGUCUUGCCCAAGAACCCAAAGGUCCCUGUGUGGAGCAUCCAGCCUGUGUGUGAUCCUUUGAGGCCCCAAGCACAGGCCUGUGACGAGGACUGAGGAGGCGACUUGUGGUCAGGCAUCCUCCAAAUGGCCCUCGGAGUAGGCAUUUUCCCCAGGUCCCUAAAGAGUAAAUUGACCUGGUGAGCAAAUCCCUUUCCGCCUCAUCCCUCCUCUGGCUUCUGUGGGGGUGGCUUGCUGACACGCUUUAGAAAAUCCCCAGGUCUCCAACGGCGCUAACGAAAUCAGCCAACGCUGGGUUUUCAGAGAAGGGGGUUUAAAAAAAAAAAAAAAAAACCAUCGCCCUGUUGCACAGAAUAGAGGGGGGGAAAGCACAUACUCAAUAGAUUUUGAGUGUGGUAUUCUGUAUUUUUGCAGCUUAUAUUUUCCAGAUGAGCGAUUUAGAAAUAUGUGAUAUAAAGUACAUACUGUACGUUUGCUGGAAAUUAUAUUAAAAGCACUAUUUUAAUUCUU